AUGGGUGAGACUGAGAUCAAGGAAGGUGACCAAGUUGCAUGGCAAUGGGGCGGUGGAAAGCCUGGUGGCGAGGCUUCUGAGAUCAAGGAGCACGGGGAGCUUUCUAUCACGACUAAGAAAGGCAAUGAAGUGAAGAAGAAUGCCGAUCCCAGCGAUCCCGCCGUCAAGGUCUCUCGCAGUGGCAACGACGUUGUGAAGCGCGCGCAUGAGCUUGAGAUCACGAAGAAGGGUGACGAGCACAAGGAGGACGGUGGCGAAAAGAAAGCCGAUGACAAGGAGACAGAGAAGGAGGAUGAUAAGGAGGCUAAGGAGAACGGCGAUGCUGAGACAGGCGACAAGCGUAAGGCUGACGACGAGGAGAAGAAAGAGGAGGAGACCAAGGCAGGUGCUAAGAAGCAGAAGACUGGCAAAGCUGCCAAGGAGAAUGGGGAGAAGGCAGAGCCGAAGAAGAAGGGCCGACCAGCCAAGGCUACCAAUGGCGACAAAGCCAAAGCUGAGCCCAAGAAGAAGCGUGAGCCGAAGAAGGCUGCUACUGCUGAUGGUGAGCCCCGACGCAGUGGCCGCAAUGCUUCCAAGUAG